GGAAAGCCAGCUGUUGUCUGGCCAGCUGUUGUGUAUGAUGCCGGUGUUUCAAAUAAUUGGGAGUUGUGGUUCUUGGAUUUGGUCCUCAUAGGGAGGUGGUGUCCCGGUGUUCUCCCAAAUAUGGGUCCGAAGCUCAUAUUAACAGAAGAAGAAAAAGAGGCUCGUAAGAAGCGUCGCGCAGAGCAGGCGAGAAUCCGUUAUGCAGCAAAAUGCGGCGCCGCGCGUGAGCAGAUGCUCCAAGCGAUACGGGAAGCAAGGUGGCGUAAAAAGUCGGCGUUGGACGAUUCGCAGCGAAGAGCGAUGCUCCAGGCGAGAUACGAAGCACGUAAGAAGAAACGGGCUAUGUUGGACGAGGAGGGACGAGAAGCGAUGCUCGAAGCGCACCACAACAAGCGGGCGACGUUAGACGAGAAGCAACGGGAGGUCAUGCUCGAAGCGAAGCGUCAAACAAGGUGUCAUAGGAAGUCCGCUGAGCAAUGUAACCACAGACGAGAAAGUGAACGCAUGGCGGCGAUGACUGGUGAGCAGCAUGACGACCACAACAGGAAGAAACGAGAAGCGGAACAACGACGCGUGGCGUCCAUGACGGACGAACAACGCGACGAGCAUUACAAGCAGAAGCGAGAAGCUGAACAACGACGUGUGGCAGCCAUGACGGAGCAGCAGCGCGACGAGCAUUACAAGCAGAAGCGAGAAGCGGUACAACAGCGGGUGGCAGCGUUGCGGCUGCAGUGCGUCUCGUUUGCAGCCCAACAGACACGUUCACCCUGUGCAGAUGCUGUGCCGAGAACUCCACAGUGUGUCGUGCCAGGCUGCAGCUCGCGGUCGGCACCCAGUUCCAUCCUAUACCCCUUGCCGGCCAAGCCGUCCCAGCGCCAGGCUUGGAUUGACUUUGUGCGAGGGUGCCCCUGUGGUGGUGCCCGCGACUGGAACCCACCGAUCAACGAGAUCAGCUUAGUGUGCUCGCUACACUUUACGGCUCGCUGCUUCAGGUUCCAGAGACUAUGUGACUUCAGCGUGGGCUAUAGCAAACGUCUGAUAGCGGGUGUGGUGCCAACGCUGUACCCAAUUGAAGAAAGGUGCAGUUUAGUCCCCAACAAGAAUUCUACUGCAAAGAGUGCAGCACUUUUGGGUUCCUCUGAUGAUGAAGAUGUUGAAAGGAGGACACGUGAUUCAUCGGCUUCUAGUCAGUCAGUUGCAGGACAAGCUAGAGGACACCAUGCAAGUGACCAGGACGGAGUGCGGAAGUUUGGACGUCAAGCGGCAUUCGAGCUCAUCUUCCCCAAGGACGUCUCCACCCAGUGCAGCAUGGAAGUCGCCUCUAAAAUGGCCAGUUGUGUUGUCCGAACUGCGUCCAAGUCUGUGCAGUGCAAUGGGUGAACGCUGUUCAAAUCUAGAGAAACUUUCAACGGAGAACAAGCGAUGCUAGUCUAACCAUAUCUACAUGCACACACAUGCACACAUUCAGGACAAACGUGUAUAUGUGAACUGAAUGAAGCCUACAAGACCUUGCCAAAGAUAUUGUGACGAAUAUUGUCUCUGAAGAAUAUGAACUGGGUGAUUGAAUGUUUAACCCUUUCAGUGCCCCUCUCGAGAUGACUCGGGCAGCCACCCUCACACAACUCCUGCAACUCCCGAAUAUGCUUCUUGAGUUUUCAGAGCUCCGUCUGCCUCUCUAGAAGCAACUUGUGCAACAAGAAGACCUUGCAUACCCAUUGUGUCAUAUAUGGAGAGGUCAUCUGAACACACAAGACAUCUGGAAGUUUAAAUUCUGACAGCACAUGAAGCAGAUGUCUCGAUGCUCUGUCUUGGCGGGGCAGCCAGGGGAGCUGGUCCCUUCACACUUUCACAGAUGGAAAGCUUUAUGAGCUGUUUAUGAACUUGGCAUUGGAAGAAAGUGAUCAAAGGAAAAAUAAAUGCAGAUCCCAUGCACUAUGGGAAUCAAUGUAAGCGAAA